UGCAUCCUAUUCUGAACUGUUUGAUCUGAGUUCUCUCGAUUUGUUAAGUGUGUUAUUUAUGUUCUAGCUCACUUUUAUUUCAUAGAGUAUCACCAUGUCGGUGGCGUUUGCACCUCACAGGCAGCGUGGGAAAGCUGAUAUAACACCCGCUGGAAUACAAAAGUUACUUGACGAAAACAACCAGCUGAUCCAGUGUAUAAUGGACUUCCAGAGUAAAGGCAAAACUGCUGAGUGUUCACAGUAUCAACAGAUGCUGCACAGAAAUUUAGUGUACCUUGCCACGAUAGCAGACUCCAAUCAGAACAUGCAGUCUCUUCUCCCUGCUCCGCCCACUCAAAACAUGCCCAUGGGACCUGGUGGGAUGAACCAAAGUGGACCCCCCCCUCAGCCUCCUCACGGUCACAACAUGCCCUCUGAGGGUAUGGUCAGUGGUGGCCCUCCAGCCCCGCACAUGCAGAACCAGAUGAAUGGACAGAUGCCUGGGCCUAAUCACAUGCCCAUGCAAGGUCCCGGUCCAGGCCCCAACCAGCCCCCAAACAUGCCCAGUGGCUCUAUGAACAUGCCCCCCAGCAGCCAUGGCUCAAUGGGUGGCUACAAUCACACCGUUCCUUCCUCCCAGGGCAUGCCAGCUCAGAGCCAAAUGAACAUGACCCAGGGCCAGCCCAUGGGAAACUAUGGGCCACGGCCAACCAUGAACAUGCAGCCCAAUCAAGGCCCCAUGAUGCACCAGCAGCCUCCCUCCCAGCAGUAUAACAUGCCUCCUGGUGGUGGUGGACAACACUACCAAGGACAACAGAACCCAAUGGGUAUGAUGGGCCAGGUCAACCAAGGGAACCAUGUCAUGGGGCAGAGGCCAAUGCCACCCUAUAGACCUCCACAGCAAGGACCCCCUCAGCAGUACCCAGGGCAGGAAGACUACUAUGGGGACCAGUACAGUCACGCAGGACAGGGAGCCUCAGAAGGUAAUGCCCAGUAUGGCCAACAGCAGGAAGCAUACCAGCAAGGCCCUCCCCAGCAACAGGGCUACCCUCCUCAACAGCAGUACCCAGGUCAACAGGGCUACCCACCACAGCAGCAGGGUUACGGUCCCUCCCAAAGUGGCCCAGGACAGUAUCCCAACUAUCCUCAGGGGCAGGGACAACAGUAUGGGGGCUAUCGCCCUCCUCAGCCUGGCCCCCCACAGGGCCAGCAGCAACGCCCUUACGGUUAUGACCAGGGCCAGUAUGGAAAUUACCAGCAAUGAGAGAUGGUCACAGCAACCCACACAGCUCUGCUCUGAUCUCUGUCUGAGCUUUGACCUCUGGUCAACCGCUCAGCAGACUUUAAUGAUGGUUGCAGCUCACUGAGAUUCUCUCAGACACGAACAUACAACACUCAAAAAUACAAAAUAUGUUUCCCCCUCUCUUUAGGCUCUUGUCCUUGCCUGUAAAAUGUAUUCUGUUUAUCAUGUACAUUGACUUGAUAAUGUCAAAAGUCCAUGACACCCUCUGGUCCAGUGUCUCUCAAAGCAGCAAUGCCUUAAAAAUGGAACUGCCUUAUCCUUCAGCAUUGCAGAUUGUGAAACGAGCUAACAAAAUUUUGGAUAUCAGAGAUGAUUUAAAUGUACAGUUUCAAUCUACUGUGGUACAUUGUUUCUCUAUCAUUCAGCUCCCUCUUCAUAAGAAGCAAUAAUGCCAGCAGUAGGGAAAUGUGUGGGGGCUUAAAGAUGAAAUAAUGCACCAGACAAACUCCCCGCUAGGCCAUGGUACAUGUCUUGAUGUGUGUGAUGAUGUAAAAAUAUAUUUUAUGCUUUUUAGACCAAGCUAACUUUGUAUAAGACAUUGGAAACUAGUACUAAAGCUGUGUUGUUUUUUUCAUAAAGUGUAUGUGUCAAUGUUUUUUUUUUUUUUUUUUUUUUUUGUCUGUUUUUUUUAUGAUCUUUAAAGAUGAUCCCAUCCAGCACAUUUUUUUUUUUUAUUUCGCUGUUGUGUUGAAUUGUAUAACUAUCAAAUUGGAUCUGCUGCUUCAGUGACAUGGACACUCUACAAAUGUUGUGAGUAAGAGCGAAAAAUGACAUGCAGAAAAAAUCCUUGAAGGACACACACCAACAUCAUACCUGGAUUUAGAGAAUGUUUAAUGUCUGAAAUCAUGUAACAGUUGCUAUAGUCUGUGUUGAGCUGUGUUUUUAAGUCAGUGAAAAUAUAUAUAUAAAAUUUG